AUGCUUAGGUCUUUUGUUGGGAAAUUUCAAAAGGGUCUCUCUCAAAUUGUGCCUACUAGAAAGCCUUCACUCAGCUACUUCAAUGAAAACCAACUUGAAACCGCAAAUGUUGUGCCAAAUGAUGUUAGGAAAGGAUAUUUUGCUGUUCUUGCAAUCAAAGAUGGAGAAACUAAAAGGUUUGUGGUUGAGUUAGAUUACUUGACUAGUCCUGAAUUUUUGGGACUAUUGGACCAAGCUCAAGAAGAGUAUGGCUUCAAACAGCAGGGAACUCUAGAAGUUCCUUGUAGGCCUCAAGAGUUACAGAAGAUUCUAGAUGGUUGGAGAACGAGAUCAGACAGCAUCAAAGGUGUAGGAAGGGAUAUUUAUUUUCCUAAGUUCCUAUGA